CAUCUUGACAGCUCUAUGGCCAAACUUUGGAACCUGAGCUAGGAGAUCGGGUCUCCAGGGCCAGGCGAGCAGCGGUCCCUGCUCGCCCCACUUUGGUGCUGCUCUGGCAGGUGAGGUCCGUGGCCAUGAAUCCUGCGCAGAUCCUUUAUGGUUCCUGAAAUAAUGGCCAACAAGAGAGUCCUGGGCACUUGACUGAGAGGUGAUGACUCUAAGCACAGGAGAAGGAACUUGGAUCAACUCAAGUUGUUGGUGUGCAGUGAAGGAUGAAGAAGAACUUCCUGAACCAAGCAUUUCUCUUGGAGCGUCACAUGUUAACACUCCAAAGGCAGCUUCUUUCUUCACACAGACAACUUACCCUUGUGACGUAUGUGGCCCCAUUUUGAAUGGCCUUUUGGAUGUGGACGAACACCAAGGAACACACACUGCACUUAUAACGUGUUCAUGCAGGGCAUGUGAGAAACAGUUCUGGUUAAGUGAAAGCUUUUGCGAGAACCUGAAGCAUAACACUGUAGAGAAUUCUUCACAAAAUAAUCAAGGCGAAGCCUCGUUAGUUAAGAAUUUCAAAGGUCAUGUAGAGCCUUACUCUUCAGAGAAGCCUUCUGCGUUUGAGGUGGAGCAAAGGAACCUUCAGGACAGUCCAAUUGGUGCCCGACAAAAGGUCACCUAUAGCCAGAAGAUAGCAGGGAGCAAUGAGAAUGAAGACAACUUUCAUGUUGGACAAAUGCAUUAUAAGUGUAGUGAGUGUGGGAAAGGUUUUAACCGCAAAGAUACCCUGGUGCAGCACCAGAGGAUCCACAGUGGAGAAAAGCCUUUUGAGUGCAGGGAAUGUGGGAAAGCCUUCAGCCGCAAAGCCACACUCGUCCAGCACCAGAGGAUCCACACUGGAGAAAGACCGUAUGAGUGUGGUGAAUGUGGAAAAGCCUUCAGUCGCAAAGACAACCUCGCUCAGCACAGGAGAAUCCACACUGGAGAAACGCCGUACAAGUGCACUGAAUGUGGGAAAUACUUUAGCCAUCACUCCAACCUCAUAGUACACCAGCGAGUUCACAGUGGAUUGAGGCCUUAUAAGUGCAGUGAUUGUGGGAAAGUAUUCAGACACAAAUCUACCCUUGUUCAGCAUGAAAGUAUCCACACUGGAGAAAACCCUUAUGAUUGCAGUGUUUGUGGGAAAUCCUUUGGGCACAGAUACACCCUCAUUAAACAUCAGAGAAUUCACACCCAGACAAAGCAUUUUGAAUGCACUGAAUGUGGGAAGCUUUUUAGUAGAAGCUCUGAUUUUAUAGUACACCAAAGGGUUCACACUGGGGAAAGGCCUUUUGUGUGCAGCAAGUGUGGGAAAGAUUUCAUCCGAACCUCCCACCUUGUUCGGCACCAGAAAGUUCACUCUGGAGAAAGACCAUAUGAGUGCGGCGAGUGUGGGAAGGCCUACAGCUUAAGCUCCCACCUGAGUCGGCACAAAAAGAUCCACGCAGCCAGGAGACUGUAGGAGUGCUUGCAACACAGUGUUCAGUCAGGUGCCGAGUCUCAGAUAGAGCUAUGUUGUAUUGUACUUUCUGACCAGCUCAAGUAACUUGCCAGCGUUCUUUCACUCAGUGCAUAUGGCUGAAAUCACUUGAACUCCUCCAUCUUGGUCUUUCCAACAUCCUCUGGAAAGAAAACUUAUUUACCCAGCCCAGUCCCUUUGAUAAUUGUGAAGCACACAUGAUAACAGUAAGCUUUCUCUCUCUGUCAUAACUGACUGGUAGACUUGUCUUCAGCUAAGAUGGUCUGAGCUGUGCUUGUAUUUGGCUUGCAAAGAUAAUUUACUUCAUGGAUGUUGUUUUUGUGUGAAAUAUUUUUAUUUGUUGGCUUGAGACAGUACUGUUAUUUGGCCUAAGCUAGCCUUGAACUUCCCUUUCCUCAGUUUCUUAGUAGUUGAGAGUUUAGACAUGUGCCACUAUCCCGAGCUCUUUAUGAACUUCGUAACACACUGGUUUUUUUUUUCCAUCUUUUAUGUCAUCCAGCCAGAACAAUUACUUUUCUCCUAUUACUCUGCUUUCCAAUGAUAAAUGCCUUAGAAUUGUGACUUUUAAUCUUAGGAAGGCGAGAGUGUAUUGAAAACAGUUAGGAUUUGACAAACUAAAGAGGUAAACAGUCCUGUAUUUUAAUAGGACAGCGAAUUGCUGGAGAGCUGAUGGAGGAAGGUCAUUGGCUAAUAAAGGAACUGCCUUGGCCCAUUUUAUUGGUUAGAGGAUAGGUGGGAGGAGUAAACAGAACAGAACGCUGGGAGGAAGAGUA